AUGUUUUCUUAGCUAGUCAUAGGUUAGAUAAUUGUCUAUAAAACAUAAGGGUAUAGUGCGUCUGUGAUUUAGAAGACACUAAAAAGGAAGGAACAAAAAUCAUCAUCAAUUCAGUCAACAGUAUUUUUAAUAAGUACUUAAGCUUUAGUAACAACGAAAUAAAAGUAAAUUAACUGCAAAAACCUAAACGAUUGUUUGGAAAUGAAGAGAGGACGAAGAUUUUUCAAGCGAUAAGAAGGAAUAAGUAUCUCAUAGCAUAAAACAUUUAAACAAAUUCUAAUCUCAACCCAAUUAAUGCUUCUGUUAGAACUGUGUAGAGAUUUCUAAACUCUAUUGGAUUGCAUUCAAAGACUGUUCCUUCAAAAACAAGGUUAAGUGAUCCAAACAUAACAAAAAAAUAUGAUUUUGCUCUCGAUUUAGAUGAAUGGGCAAAUGAAGAAAUAAGGAAAACUAUCUUUUCAGAUAAAAGUAAACUUUUUUCAAAGAAUUAAGGAAAAUUUCUAAGAGCAAAGAGAGAGCAAGUUAUAAAAAGUAAAUAUUUAACUUGACAGAAAAAUUUAAUGGGGUAGAGAGAUCAUGGUUUGGGGUAUGAUCAAUUACUAUGGUGGAGUUUCAUUAGUAAGAAUUGAUUCACCACUAAAUGCUGAUGGUUAUAUUCAAAUCUUAGAAAAUAACCAACUUUCAAACUUCAAUACUGAUAAGAAUAUCUUCUAGAAUGACAACUGCCCUUGCCAUAAAUCAAAGAAGGUUAGAAAAUUCUUAGAAAAGCAUUGA